GGUACCUGUCAAAGUGCCGUUCCGCUCGCUAUUUCGCAGAAACGCCGGCUGCCGUCGCCCUCCUCGGGCACCGCGCUCUCCCGCCUCAUCGACCCUUCACGCGUGGAACACAUGAAGGCGCGCUCUCGGGUCUAAAAUGCUAUUUUUAAACGUGACCUUGCGUCGAAGGACUGAACGCCGGCUCGUGUCAGUCCUGAAGGAUUUCUGCAUCAGAUCGGCAGCUGAAUGAAUAGAAAGCGGGCCGUGGAGCAGCAGACAGGACGUUACGGCGCUGAUGAACAACACGGCCUACAUACACGGAGCAUCUCCAGGACGCCAGCUGUACGGACUCCUGCACUGACGUGCUGUUCAACCUUGUAACGCAGUAAUAACUGAGCUCCGUUUGAUUCGCUGCUGCAGAACUAAGCAUCACAGGGCAGGUGUGUGUGAUCCACCAACGCUAUGCAAAAGAAGGAACGACCAACAGGCAGAUGGACUUUGCAUGCUGGAUGUUUCUGCUGACCUUCAAAGAGGAAACCAGAAUGAAAAAUUAAGCAGUGGCCUAAGCUCUUUGGAUAUUGCAUAACUCUUCUUUGCUCUUGGUUCACUCCUGGGCUUUGUAGUAGCUGCUCACUGGAUUAGUGUGCAGCUCACGAGGCCUGGAGGUGCACACGGAGGGUGCUGAAUGGCCUUUUAGAGCUGGUCUGUAGAUGCCUUAUCCACCAGAAGCAAGGGAUUGAAUCGCAAACCACGAUGUGAUCAGCAAUAAAGUCAACAGCCAAGCAAUAAAAAGUGAAGACUUUAUGCAAACAAAGAUCCCAGCGGAGGUUUUUGUCCAUCGGCAGCAUAAAUAAACUCUAACGAUGCUUCUGAACUGCGGGCAGCCAUCGCCUCUCCUGAGGCAUACGGACGUGCCGCCUCGAGUCAUAGAAAACUUUAUCCUGACGGGCUACCGCUUCCCAAACUACAGCCUGUGGGACUGCUUACUGUCAGCGUUCAGGCCCACCAAUGAAACGGGCAAUUUCUGGACACACUUUCUUCCUGUUUUCAUCUUUUUCUACUAUUUUGUGGAGGUUUUUGGUUGGGAAGGUGCGCCUGAUAGCGGCGAGCCUUUCUUCUAUCCGUUGUGGAAUUACUUUAUUGGGGUGUUCUGUUUACUGAUGGCCAGCAGCAUGGCUCACCUGCUAAACUCAAUGUCUCUGGUGGUAAGAGAGGUUUGCUUCUUCGUGGAUUACGGCACCAUCAGUGCGUACACCGUCGGCUCAUCGUUGGCAUACUACUACUACAUCCACCCUCAGGCAGGAAUAGCAGAGGCAGGGAGCAGCUCCCGGGUGGAGUCGAACCGUGAGGCUGCAGCGUUGCCCUCAUCCUAUGCAAUCCCAGAGUACAGCGUGUUCUUCGAGACCUACUACAUCCCGUGUGCGUGUGUCGUAGCAAUCAUCUGCGUUUUAUCCUGCUGCAAUACUCGGCAGAGGUGGAGGCAGCAUCGCUACAUCAUCCGGACGCUGGUUUUUCUCCUUCCGUUUCUCAUCUCCUCCACACCCAUCUUCUACCGCCUCCUCACCCGAUCGCCUUACUCCACCUCCUCCUCCUCCUUCACCGCUUCCACCCCCAUGGCCUGCUUCUUCUAUCGCCACUGCCUCUGGUUGCUGGUGUCAGCCGUCUUCAACAUCAGCAAGUUCCCUGAGCGCCUUGCGCCCGGACGCUUUGACAUCUGGGGGCACAGCCACCAGUGGUUCCACUGCUGCACGUUUUUGUCCAUCCUGGAUGAACUUCACAUGAUCAAGGCUGAGAUUAAGGCCAUCCUGCUGAGCCCAGCUUUGCUGCUGCCCCCCACCUCCCUCUCCCACCUCCCGGGACCCACUGUUGCGUCCACCUACGGAGUGAUGCUCCUCCUCCAGACCACCAUUGUCUCCAUCAUCGUAUUGUUCUCCUGGCGGGCCAACUGUAUCUAUGGAUCGCAGAGAGAACAGCUGGAAAAGGAGCACUCCACGAAGCACCUGAAAUGUCACUGAUCACGGAGAAGUUACUGCCAUCAUGAAACCCGCCGUAUGUUUGGAUUAAAAGGAUUACAUGUUGAGCUCAAUGUGUGGUUGAGCAUAUCUUUGCCAGUUCUUUCCCAGAGCUGCUCCUCACCUUCUAACAGGACGUCUGGGACAACAACUACCUCUCGGGGCUCUGCAAUCAUGGUUGCUGCCCAGGAGAACUAAUGUUCCACUUUACGACUGGUUAACAUGGCGUAGACGUUAGUGGGACCAUUAAGAACAUCUGCUGUUAGGUCCUUUUUGUUGUUCCUCUUCCCGUUUUUAUUUCGCCCUUAAACGGUGUGUUGCUGCGGCUGAGCCCAUUGUUUCAUGUCCGAUGAUUCCUUUGAUAACCUUUUCUUCCUCUUACUUGCACAAACAUUCGCACACGAAUCUCAUUUCCUGUCUGUUUUGCAAGUGACCCUUGCAGCAGGAAGUGUGCGUUGCACGCGACGACAGAAAUAGCUGAGAGCUCUUCUGUGUCUCACAGUGAAGCACUUUCAGGGGCUGCUCACACUCGCCCCGUCAUUAAGAAGCCAUGCUGAACUUUCUGAAAGGACGCAACACUUCAAAGCAAAUAACCGCGUCCUUCUGUCAGUUAUUGACAUGUGAAAUGUGUUUGUGUGGUUUUCCCCAUACGCUCUGCUGCUUAAAGCAAACUGGUGCAUUUAUGUCUUUAUGGUGAGAGCAAAGUCUGUGCUUCAGAAAUGCUGCAGAGCACUGCUCCACUUUAACGUGAGCACAGUGACUGCAGCAGCAGCAGCUCUGUGUCUGAGACCCUUCAUGUGCUGAGCAGCCUUCAGAGUCAAAGCCAUCGUUUGCAAUUUCAGUUCCCUACGAGCUGAUAUGACCACGCGUGUUAUCGUCACAUAAAAAGUCUCCAGACUGCAAACAUGACAGCUCAGUGUGUCCACAGCUCAGUGUCCACAGCUCAGUGUGUCCACAGCUCAGUCUGUCCACAGCUCGGUGUGUCCACAGCUCGGUGUGUCCACAGCUCAGUGUGUCCACAGCUCAGUGUGUCCACAGCUCAGUGUGUCCACAGCUCAGUGUGUCCACAGCUCAGUGUGUCCACCACGUACGUCAGGAUUUAGAAAUCUUCAUUUUCAUGCAGACGUGUUCUACCACAGAUCUAAACACACUUUGUCACUUCUGGAUGUUCAUGACUGGAAUAUUUUAAACACAGGCUGAAACCUGCAGGGAAUGUUGUUAACGCCGCUACGUUCAGUGAUUCCAACACGCCAAUGAUCAGCCCGAGGCUAUAAGAUUGAGUUAAACGUUAACUUUACCGCCAACUCUUGAUCGAGCAAAGUUUAGCUUCGUGGCGUUGCUUCAUCACACCUCCUCAGCCAUGAGACUUGGAGCCUGUUUGGUUUAGACACCAUCCAUGUACAUCGUGUUAUUUAGAUGUGGGUUGUCCAGAGAAGCAUUAGUAGUGGAUGAAGUGGACAUAUAACCACAUGGAGGUGGAGCAGGUCAGGUUGGUGGCUUCAUUCCUGGAUGUCAAAGUUUACUGGGCGAGACACUCGAAGCACCAGUCGCUGCAGAUGUGUUUGAGUGUGAAAGAUGUAGAAAAGAUGCUCGUGUGAAUCUACGGGUGAAAGAGACCUGCUGUAUAAAGUGCUUGAGUAGAUUAGCUGCAUAAGAAUCAGAUUUUACCACACAGUGACUAAUGUCCCCAAAUCUGUACUGCUGAACGUAAGUGUGUAAUAAUGAUGAUGAUUUUAGUUAAACAGAAAUAUUCUUCUGAUCGUUUAGUUUCAUGUCUUCCACAAAAAGAAGCGAGACAUCGGUGUAGUCCGGUCCUCCACCGCCGGGUUUGCGCUCUUCAAACGGACAAU